AUGCCAGACUACGACAGCGACUCGUCCGAUAAUGCUGAGGACUAUUCCACCACGGAUGUCACUCUCGGCUAUGCUGCCACCGAAUCUACAGGCGACGAUAUCAGUCACCUUGGAGGCCACUCCACCUGGCUAGACACCCAAAACCCUCCACCAGCUGCUCUUGCCAAAUGUAAAGUCUGCAAUGGCUACAUGUCGCUAUUGCUUCAGCUCAAUGCAGACUUGCUACAAUUCUUUCCCCAUGAUGAACGACGGCUACAUCUUCUUUGCUGCAGAAAGAAGACAUGCUCCAAGAAGUUUGGUAGUAUCAGAGCCUUUCGAGAAGUGAAGAAGCGUGAAGUGAGGGAUAGAAAAGAGAAGAAACCUAAGGAGCCACAAAAGGAGAAGCCACAACAAGAUCUCGGAACCGCAUUAUUCGGAGGAACGAGCCCUCUUCCAACAUCGAAUGCAGCCAAUCCAUUUUCCUUAGCCGGUGCGGGAACGCAGCCAGGUCCUGCAAACCCAUUCGCAUCAGUUGGCUCACCCUCAACGCUGGCAGCAAAGCCUCCUCAAAGACCGAUCGAUGAGCCACAACCGCCUGUUGAAUCCUUCACUAGUAAAUUGAAAAUUGGCAUGGAGUCUCAACCGGAGGGUACGAAGGACAGCACGAUAGAACGAUGGCCAGAAAGCUCCGCCUUUCCUCCUCCUUUCACCUCCUAUUAUCUAGAUGCAUACCCUGAAGAGCUGGAGAAAGAGGAUACUACAAAUGCCAAUGCCGAAGCAUCUAAUGUACAGUACGAUACAGAAGACGGUGGUGGCGGUACUCUUGAGAAAGACACCUUUGAGUCGUCGCUGGAUAAGACGUUUCAAAAGUUUUCAGACCGGGUAGCGCAAAAUCCCGAACAAGUCUUGCGUUACGAGUUCAAAGGUGAGCCAUUACUCUAUUCGGGGACGGAUAAUGUAGCAUCUCGGUUCGUCGUUCCGCAUGGAAAAUCCGGGGCCGUCAGAGGCAUGCCUCGAUGCGAAAAAUGUGGAUCUCAGAGAGCCUUUGAACUGCAGCUUGUACCAGGACUAAUCUACCAACUCGAGAAAGACGAGGCUAUGGAUCUAGAAGAAGGCAUGGAGUGGGGAACCAUUAUUCUCGGGACCUGUGUGAACAACUGUGGCGAGGCUGGUAAGGUGUCUUUCAGAGAGGAAUGGGUCGGUGUGCAGUGGGAGGAAAGGGUGGCCAGGAAAUGA